AUGAAGUUCGUCUUUGAAGACUGCGACGAAGGAAGGCAGUUUGAGACCAAAAUGGUCAAUGGCCGCUACAUUUUGGAGAAUAAGGAGGGUGAAAUAGUCAGAAAGGCAACUGAAACCAAUUCACCAGUUGAUUACUGUGCAUGUGAAAUAGUUGGAGACAGACUACGAAUUGGGGAAGAAGAAGCUUGUUUGAUGAGAAUUGAGACUGAAAUGGAAGGAAGCAGUCUCACGGCUGCUGGUGAGUCAGUUGAGUACGAGCAGAUGGUGGCUGAAUUUGGAGACAGGCGGGCCAAGGAGGCAGUGAAGAAGAGGGCGAUAGAGAGGAAGCCAGCGGCACAGAGGGUGAAGUUCAACUUGGAGAGCAACGUGGUUAGCGAAAGGGCAAGUUGCCUGGUGGAGCUGUUUGAGAAGGAAGUCACGGACAAGUCGAAGGAGAUUGUGAAUGCGCUGGGAGACCAGGGCAUUUGCGAGGAGAUUUGCGAGAAGAUGGGGCUUCCAGGAGUGGAGGCCGUAUCAGUGGACGAAGUCGUCGUCUUCGAAAAAAGGUGCAUUUUGGUUCUAAUCGACUACGUCAACACAAUUCUGACUACAAGGGUAGUUAGUAAGUUUGGGCUGCCUGAGAAGUACGUUGGAUUAUACCCUAUAAUAGCACAGGAUGUGGUUGGAAGGAGACUCAGUCGCAUUCUGGCUGAUAAACUCGCAUCUAAGCUCUACUUGAUGAUGCUACUCUAUUGCAACAAUAAAAUGAGUAUAGAGGUGCUACCACAGCAGAAUUAUACGAGAACAAAGUUCAGAAACAUGAUACGAGCACUAGGGUGUACAAUAAGCAAGGGUGGAAUAGUAGAAUACAAGUUAUCAUAG